AUGUCCUACAAACGAUCGCGGGCGACAUUUGAGGCCGACCUCCAUGCGCCUUACGCCAUCUUCGGCACCCCUUUGCCUGAGGACGGCGAACGCGACGAUGGCUCAUACCUUCCGUUGUGGAAGCAGGAGGUGAGGGAUGAUAAGGGUAGGCGGAGACUGCAUGGAGCCUUUACCGGUGGCUGGAGCGCAGGCUACUUCAACACGGUUGGAUCCAAGGAAGGAUGGACGCCGUCUACCUUUGUGUCGAGCCGCUCGAAUCGCCGCAAAGAUGAAACUGGUCACUCCCAGCAGCGUGCCGAAGAUUAUAUGGACGAGGAGGACCUUGCGGAUGCCGCGGAAGCGCAGACGCUCAAAACCACCCAGGCGUUUGCCGGUCUGGGAUCUUCCACCCAGGAAGAACUCCGUGCCGGGGGGCUGAUGGGUCUCUUCAGAGCUGACGGAGAUACAAUGGGCCUAAAGUUGCUGCGGAGAAUGGGCUGGAAAGAUGGCCAAGGGAUUGGACCAAAAGUGCGACGAGGUGCACGCCUGGACCUCGGCGGGAAAUCUAACAUGAUAGAUGGAGAAACCCAUCUCUUUGCUCCUGAUAACACCGAGGUCCUGCGGUUUGUCCGCAAGACAGAUCGUAUGGGCUUGGGACAUAAUGGCCAGGGCAAGCUCUCUUCCUUGCGCCGAGAAAGCAAAGCAGAUAGCGACGAGGAGGUCGAUUCUCGCGACGGCGUGUUGUCGAUAUUAUCUCGAGGAGAGACCAAGAAGAAGCCACAGCGAGGCGGCAUCGGAGUUGGCAUACUCAACGACGAUGGGUCUGAUGACGAAGAUCCUUACGAAAUCGGACCCAAGAUCAAAUAUAAUCGUGUUGUUGGCGGCGAAAAGAAGAAGAAAGGAAAGAAGCCGUCUGCAACAGCGAAUCCGUCGCUAAAGAAUGCUCCAGUAUUUAUACCGAAAACUUCUAGAGUUGGCGGCAACCUGCGGAGAUGUCAGGACGGGCGGCUUCCUCUGGAUGGGUUUGUCCUGGCAAAUGCCAUGCAAGACUUAACCAUUACUCUGGCAAAAUAUGCACCACCGCCAGCCCCUCCCGGCUGGAAGUCAUCUCAGGUCACUAAUGUUGAAGACCGAGCCACCACGUUUGUUUCCGCUGCCGAGGCAGCCAAGUCGUCAACCCUCGAUGCAAAAUCUCGAGCUGCCAUCCUUGGAGAAAAGGCCCUUCCUGGAAAAUCCGUGUUUGACUAUAUAUCUGCCGCUUCUAGAGAGAAGUUGGCUGCAGCGUCAGGAAGGCUAGAUUUGCCCCCUGGCCUGGGCGAGAUCCCAGCGCAAUUUGCAGUGUCAGAAGAAGAAAGGCAAACAAUGCUAUGGGAGCAAGUUCCCAAGCUCGAUCGUGAGACGGCAAUAGCGGCCAUUGCGAGGGGAUUGCGAGGACCGUACGCAGACGACGAAACUAAGAGGGCUCGCUACAAACGCUAUCUGGAACACCACACGAAUCCCAAACUGUCACUUCCGGAAAAACCCAGGGGAAUGUCGGAUGACGAGUUUCUUCGAGAAAUGACAGAAUUCCAUAAUUGCGCGAGGAUAUUCAAACCAAUGACUGGCUUCAUGGCGUCAAGAUUUACGACUGCUAAAGCACCACAUAGCGUUUCGGCUGAGCCAGCAAGGGAUAAGGAACUAAUCUCUGUGCCCGAGCCAAAAAUUUCAGACCCGGCAGAAGAGGCUGCCAAGAUGGGCAUGUUUGGCAAAAUGACGAGAUCGGUGGAAGACUUUUACCCUACCCGACUACUCUGUAAACGAUUCAACGUCAAACCACCGUCACACGCUCGGCGAGACGACGAGCCCGAGGCGAGCAGAGCAACCCCAGGUCCGAGUGCAAGGCCGGCUUAUGGCAGUCCUAUGGAGGACGUACAGAUGCCCUUACUCUCGGCAUCUAGAACUCGGGAUGAAUCGACUGUGGGCGUGGACACAACGGUCGCCAUAGCGACAGGGGCGACGACAAAAUCGGGCAAGCAGAGCCCCAUGAUGGAGAACCAAGUGAACCCAGACCGGAAUGAAGCCGUUGAGGGCAAGACGGCCAAUGCUGACGUCCUACGGGCCAUCUUUGGCGACAGUGAUAGCGAAUGA